AUGGCCAGCAGCGGAACCACAGACGUCACGAAUCGAAACGGCCCAGCCACACCACCAAAUACCCUCAAUCUCCGUUCCUCUCACAAUGAACUGUUGAAUGCUGAAAUAAAACACACAGAAACCAAGAACAGCACACCCCCCAAAUGCAGGAAAAAAUAUGCACUGACUAACAUCCAGGCAGCCAUGGGCCUCUCAGAUCCAGCUGCCCAGCCACUGCUGGGAAACAGCUCUGCCAACAUCAAACUGGUGAAAAACGGGGAGAACCAGCUCCGGAAGGCUGCAGAACAAGGGCAGCAGCAGGACCCCAACAAAAACAUCAGCCCCACUGCAGUCAUCAACAUAACUUCUGAGAAGUUAGAGCAUAAAGAGCCCCAGCCACAGGACUCCUCGGGCUGUGAAAUUUUACCCUCCCAGCACAGGAGAACCAAGAGCUUCCUCAAUUACUAUGCAGACCUGGAAACCUCAGCCAGAGAACUAGAGCAGAGCCUGAGCAACCACCACGCGGCUGUGGAAGAGAAAUCGCAGCCCGGCCUGGGUCAGGCCUCCACCAUCACUGGGAACGGGGAUUUGCUGCUGCAGAAGCCAAACAAGCCCCAGUCCAGCCCUGAAGAUGGCCAGGCUGCCACAGUGUCAUCCAGUCCAGAGACCAAGAAGGAUCAUCCAAAAACCGGGGCUAAAACUGAUUGUGCACUACACCGGAUCCAGAACCUGGCACCAAGUGACGAGGAGUCAAGCUGGACAACGUUGUCUCAGGACAGUCCCUCCCCCAGCUCUCCGGAUGAAACAGCAGACGUAUGGAGUGAUCACUCAUUUCAGACUGAUCCAGAUUUGCCACCCGGCUGGAAAAGAAUCAUUGACAUCGCUGGGACCUAUUACUGGCACAUACCAACGGGAACAACUCAGUGGGAGCGCCCAGUCUCCAUCCCAGCAGACCUUCAGGGUUCUAGGAAAGGGUCACUUAGUUCUGUAACGCCAUCUCCUACCCCAGAGAAUGAGAAACAGCCAUGGCGUGAUCUUGCUGUUCUGAAUGGGGGAAAGAUUAAUAGUGACAUUUGGAAGGAUUUGCACGCAGCCACUGUGAACCCAGACCCCAGUUUAAAAGAGUUUGAAGGAGCAACGCUACGCUAUGCAUCUUUGAAACUCAGAAAUGUCCCACACGCUGAUGAUGACGAUUCCUGUAGCAUCAACAGCGACCCAGAAGCCAAGUGUUUCGCUGUGCGCUCUCUGGGAUGGGUCGAGAUGGCAGAGGAGGACCUCGCCCCUGGUAAAAGCAGUGUUGCUGUCAACAACUGCAUCAGGCAGCUUUCUUACUGCAAGAAUGACAUCCGAGAUACAGUUGGCAUCUGGGGAGAGGGCAAGGACAUGUACCUGAUCCUGGAGAACGACAUGCUCAGCCUGGUGGACCCCAUGGACCGCACCGUGCUCCACUCACAGCCCAUCGUGAGCAUCCGUGUGUGGGGCGUGGGCCGCGACAAUGGCCGGGAUUUUGCUUAUGUAGCAAGAGACAAAGAUACAAGAAUUCUGAAAUGUCAUGUAUUUCGAUGUGACACACCAGCAAAAGCCAUCGCCACAAGUCUCCACGAAAUCUGUUCCAAGAUUAUGGCUGAACGGAAGAAUGCCAAAGCCUUGGCCUGCAGUUCCUUACAGGAAAGGACCAAUGUGAAUCUUGACGUUCCUUUACAAGUAGAUUUUCCAACGCCAAAGACAGAGCUGGUCCAGAAGUUCCAUGUGCAGUACCUGGGCAUGUUACCUGUAGAUAAGCCAGUCGGAAUGGACACCCUGAACAGUGCCAUAGAAAGUCUCAUGACCUCAUCCAACAAGGAGGACUGGCCGUCGGUGAACAUGAAUGUAGCCGAUGCUACUGUGACUGUCAUCAGUCAAAAAAAUGAAGAGGAGAUCCUAGUGGAGUGUCGUGUGCGAUUCCUGUCCUUCAUGGGUGUCGGGAAGGAUGUCCACACGUUUGCCUUCAUCAUGGACACUGGGAACCAGCACUUUGAGUGCCACGUGUUCUGGUGCGAGCCUAACGCAGCUAACGUGUCUGAGGCAGUCCAGGCAGCUUGCAUGUUACGAUACCAGAAGUGCUUGGUAGCCAGGCCACCUUCACAGAAAGUUCGACCACCUCCUCCGCCAGCAGACUCAAUGACCAGGAGAGUCACAACCAAUGUGAAACGAGGGGUCUUAUCCCUCAUUGACACUUUGAAACAGAAACGCCCUGUCACAGAAAUGCCAUAGCUGCAUAUGUUAAAGGAUUCUGUAACAUUUACCUGAAGAUUGAAUAGCUACACUAAAGAAAACAAACUGAUGUCUGGCCUUCCAUUCAGUUGCUGAUGCUUUGUCUUCAGAAAAUUUAUCCUUAACAAACAGUGUUAGACAAGCAUGUUCUCUCGUCUUGCCACCAUCAUGUGAUAUGAAAAGAAGCAUGAAUAAUUUUUUUUGCUGUCAGUAAGUUACAUCAUGAGCAGUGGAAGGUCUUUUCUUAUUGUAAAUAUUGUGAACAUUACUUAACUUCACACACACACACACACACACACACACACAGAAGGUGGCCACAGCCCUCCUAGUGAACUAAUUCUGAGUCCUUGGAGUAAAUGAGUUAGUUUCCCUAUCUUCUUGAGCUGGACCUGGCACAAGCAACCUUCAUGUCCUCCAAGCAUUUUGCCAUUUCCAACAUUGGAGCAGACACUGCAGACCAGCUACCAGUGAAAUGCUUUAAAAUUAGGACGAUGAGGGUUUGUAUGUUUUUCAUAAAAAUGAACCUGUGGGUUGACAAAAUUGGCUGUUGGCAUCCAUGUAGAAAGCAACUGGCAGCUUUCCUUGACAAGCUGUUUGAUACAUGGACAUUUCAUGUCUACAGCUAUUUGUGGGCUGCUGGAAAAAAAAAAAAAAAAAGUAUAACUUCAAAAUUGAGGGAAAAAUUGCUAAAUUUGAAGAAUUAAAAAUCAAAGAAAAUGUUUUCAGAUGGGUUUCAAACUGGUUAUUUAAAUAAAUAAAAGGAAAAAGAACAAAAGCAUAAUGCAUUUCAGGUGGGA